GGACAUUAUGAUGAGCGAAACAAAUGGACUGGUCAAUAUUCUUUUUAAAGGAUUAAUCGAUUAUGAAACACAGAAAGUGGUACAAAUUCAUUCAAAGAAAAUCGGAGUCACAUUCAGACUCAUUCAAUUGGGAAUUAUUCUCUAUGUUGUAUUAUGGGUUAUGAUCUAUGAAAAGGGUUAUCAAUCAUUCGAUCAAGCAGUAAGUGGAGUGACUGCUAAAUUGAAAGGUGUCGCUUUUGCCAAUGUGACAAACAAUCCAUCACUCGGAGCUACUGUGUGGGAUGCAGCUGAUUACGUGAUACCACCACAACAGAAUUCAGCAUUCUUUGUGAUGACCAAUUUAAUCUAUACACCUGGACAAAUGUUAGGACGUUGUGAAGAGUCUCAUGAUGUGUUUGGUAAUAGUUGUCACAAUGAUUCACAAUGUCAUGCUGGACAGUUGGUUCAACGUGGAAGUGGAAUACAGACAGGAAAAUGUGUGAAUUCUACAAGACAAUCGAAUUUGCGUGUAUGUGAAAUAUACGGUUGGUGUCCUACAGAACACGAAAUUAUUCCAAGACCACAUUUACUGACAUCAGCAGAGAAUUUCACUGUGAUGAUAAAAAAUAACAUUGAAUUUCCACAUUUUCGAGUGAAAAGAAGAAAUAUUUUAAAGUGGAUGAGUCGUUUAUUUUUAAAAACAUGUUUGUAUAAUCCAAAUGAUGAUAAAAUGAAAUACUGUCCGAUUUUUCGACUUGGUGAUAUACUGAAAUAUUCAGAUCCAGUGAAUAAAGAUAUAUGGGAAACUGGUGGUAUGGUUUCCAUUCAUAUUGAAUGGAAUUGUAAUUUAGACUUUGAUGAGGAGAAGUGUUUACCGAAAUAUGUGUUUCGUCGAUUGGACGACUUUCAGAGUAAUAUAGCGAAGGGAUGGAAUUUUCGAUUGAGUCAACAUUAUCUUGAUGGUGGUGUACGUAAACGUAAUUUGAUUAAAGCGUAUGGUAUACAAUUUUUCAUCACAGUGUAUGGAACUGGUGGUAAGUUUAAUAUAUUAACAUUUUCAAUGAAUUUGGGUUCUGGAUUAGCAUUGCUCGGUAUUGCUACUAUGCUAUGCGAUUUGAUUGUAUUGAAUACUACACAUAAAAGAAACAUUUAUCGUAAAGCGAAAAUUGAUUUAAUCACUGAAAAGGCAAAUCUGCAGCAAACUGGUGAAAACAGUAAUGAAUAUGAUGUUUCUUCUCAUCCAGUAAUCAAAGAAACCAAAAGUGACAAGACAGGUUAUUUAAUAAUACGGGGUCAUCAUGACUUUGUAAGGACAUCGGAAUCUGUCCAGCGAUCUCCAUUUUCAUCAGUGAAGCAAUUCAUCAUUAAAAGAAGUCCACUAUCACUUAGAAGAUCAAAUGUUACUUCAACGAAUUUUAUUCCUGAAAUCAAAUCAAAGCAAAACAACACCACGUUAAUUCAGCCUAAUAUAUUACCACAAGAACAUAAAUCAUUGGCAGAUUUAGUUCCAGUCAACAAUCAUGCACAGUCGGAGCGAAAUAAAACUUCAGUCAUUAAUAAACUUAAUAACAAUUUCAAAAAUAAUUUACUUUCACCUACCAACUCCUUUUUAUUAUUCUCUAAUAUAUCUAAUGUGACAACACCUCAAAAUCCAAAUUUAUCAAUAAGCCCAUCUACCGAAUUCGGUAUUAAUACUGCUAAACAGACAUAUUGGAAACAACAAAGACUUCUUGAACAUGAGAACUAA